UCAUGUAUGCCCACAGGGGAGAGCGAGAAAAACAUAUACGGUUGAAGAAGGGUGAUGAAAAUCUGAUGAAAAUCGGUCGUGAAUUGUGAAUUUUAUUUGCUGUAGCCAAGAAAAAACGCGACCAUUUUAUAGCGCACACAUUUUCUUUUAAUUUUCAUUUGGUUUUACAUAAAAAAGGCCAAAAACUGUAAAAAUAUUUACAUAUUUAGUUGGUGUAACAUUAGAGUAAAGAAAAAUUUCACAAAUUAAUCAAGUACCACUAAAAACAAAUCAAUUACACCAGAGACAAUUGAAUCGAGAAAAGUGAAGUGGCAUAAGAAGAAACGACGGGCGCCGCCAUUCGCGGAAGCACCAUUAAAGCACGGCUAAAAACAUUUGAAAAUUAAAAGUUCUCGAAAUUUACAGGAAAGGAAUAUGAAAUGGGCAAUGCCUUCUGCCAUAAGCGGUACCGGACACGGCUCAGGCGCCGUUAGUCACAACGUGAAUAUACCCAACAAUGAGGAGUGCGGUAUACGCGACGUUUGGAAGCAUAAUUUAGAGGAAGAAUUUCGUACAAUUCGCAAAGUCGUGCAAAAGUAUAAUUAUGUGGCGAUGGACACUGAAUUUCCAGGCGUUGUAGCGCGUCCUGUUGGUGAAUUUCGUUCCACCGCUGAUUACCACUAUCAGCUGCUGCGUUGUAAUGUUGAUCUGCUGCGCAUCAUACAGCUUGGACUGACGUUCAUGGAUGAAGAAGGCAAAACACCGCCUGGUUACUCAACAUGGCAAUUUAAUUUUAAAUUUAAUUUAAGUGAGGACAUGUACGCGCAAGACUCAAUUGAUUUGCUGCAAAACUCCGGCAUACAAUUCAAAAAACAUGAAGAGGAUGGUAUUGAUCCACUCGAUUUCGCCGAAUUGCUAAUGUCUUCGGGAAUUGUGCUUGUCGAUAAUAUUAAAUGGCUGUGUUUUCAUUCAGGCUACGAUUUUGGUUAUUUACUCAAAUUAUUAACCGAUCAGAAUCUACCCUCAGAUGAGAGUGAAUUUUUCGAAUUGUUACGCAUCUAUUUUCCCAACAUUUACGAUAUUAAAUAUUUGAUGAAAUCGUGUAAGAAU